AUGUUAUGAUAUGCAAAGCCCUUCCACAGAUGAGGAAAAAAGCCCUCUUGUGGUAAUGUUAGAGGAAUAGCAACUGGAGACAACCUGCUCCCUGCUACUCUGUAAGACAAACAUCAGCAUAGCCAAGCAGCAAGAAAAGAAGGGUUUCUUCAUGACAAAAUGACAGCAAGAGAACACAGUCCCCGCCACGGUGCAAAAUCCCGCACCGUGCAACGGGCGUCCACCAUCGAUGUCACCUCUGACAUGCUGGGCCUGUCUCUGGCAGGAAACAUUCAGGAUCCAGAUGAGCCGAUCUUAGAGUUCAGUUUAGCUUGCAGUGAGCUGCUAACUCCAUCACUAGAUCGAAAACCAAAUAGUUUUGUAGCAGUGAGUGUAACUACACCACCUCAGGCCUUCUGGACCAAGCAUGCACAGACCGAGAUUAUUGAGGGGACAAGUAAUCCUAUCUUUCUGAGCAGCAUUGCCUUUUUCCAAGACUCUCUUAUCAAUCAAAUGACACAAAUCAAACUCUCUGUGUACGACGUCAAAGAUAGAUCUCAGGGAACAAUGUAUUUGUUGGGUUCUGGGAUGUUCACUGUAAAAGAACUUCUACAGGAGAAGAAUCACAGGUUGCACUUAACACUAAGGUCGGCUGAAAGUGACCGUGUAGGUAACAUUACAGUUAUUGGAUGGCAAAUGGAGGAAAAAACUGACCAAAGGCCUGCAGUGACAAGGUCACCUGAUACAAUUAAUGGAAGGACUGUGUUGCCAGUUGAUGAAAGUUUAACAGAAUCUUUAGGAAUCAGAUCCAAAUAUGCUUCGUUACGGAAAGAUGCACUCUUAAAAUCAGUGUUUGGUGGUGCCAUUUGCCGAAUGUAUCGCUUCCCAACUACCGAUGGAAACCACUUGAGAAUCUUGGAACAGAUGGCUGAGAGCAUCCUCUCGUUGCACAUCCCUAGGCAAUUUGUGAAGCUUCUUCUAGAAGAAGAUGCAGCAAGGGUUUGUGAACUAGAAGAACUGGGGGAACUGUCUCCUUGUUGGGAAAGCCUUCGUCGACAAAUAGUUACUCAGUACCAAACAAUUAUUUUAACCUAUCAGGAAAAUCUAACUGACCUGCAUCAGUAUAAAGGUCCUUCAUUUAAAGCCAGUAGCUUGAAAGCUGAUAAAAAAUUGGAAUUUGUUCCUACGAAUUUACAUAUACAGAGAAUGAGAGUCCAGGAUGAUGGAGGAUCAGAUCAGAACUAUGACAUAGUCACCAUUGGAGCACCAGCAGCUCAUUGUCAAGGCUUUAAAUCAGGUGGCUUGCGGAAAAAGCUGCAUAAAUUUGAAGAGGCAAAGAAGCAUUUUGAGGAGUGUUGCACCUCAACAAGUUCCCAGUCUAUAAUAUACAUCCCACAGGACAUUAUUAGAGCAAAGGAAAUUAUUGCACAAAUCAACACCCUGAAAACGCAAGUCAGUUACUAUGCAGAAAGGCUCUCCAGAGCUGCCAAGGAUAGAUCAGCUAAUGGCCUUGAAAGAACACUUGCCAUCCUAGCAGACAAGACUCGGCAACUUGUCACAGUCUGUGAUUGCAAGCUGUUGGCAAAUUCAAUACAUGGUCUCAAUGCUGCAAGGCCAGACUAUAUAGCUUCCAAAGCAUCUCCAACCUCUGGAGAAGGGGAGCAAGUGAUGCUGAGGAAUGAUCAAGAUACACUUGUGGCCAGAUGGACAGGAAGAAAUAGUCGAUCUUCUCUGCAGGUGGAUUGGCACGAAGAGGAAUGGGAGAAAGUUUGGUUGAAUGUUGACAAAAGUUUGGAGUGUAUUAUACAGAGAGUGGACAAACUUCUCCAGAAGGAGCGCUUGCAGAGUGACAGCUGUGAAGAUGUUUUCCAGUGUGACAUCAGCUGUACUAGCAAGAAAGGUAAUCGGGACACUCGUGCCUACUGGAUAAAUCCAGAAGAUUUAAAUGAGACCUCCUCAUCCUCACCACCUUCAUCAUCCUCACCACCACCAUCUUCAUCCACACCAUCCUGUGCAUGUCAUUCUCUCACAAAGACAAAUUGCAGCCCCGCUCCGGAAGAAUCUGGCCCAGGGGAAUGGAGUGAAGCUCUUUAUCCCUUGCUGACAACACUCACAGACUGUGUAGCCAUGAUGAGUGACAAGGCAAAGAAAGCCAUGGUCUUUUUAUUAAUGCAGGACAGUGCUCCCACGAUAGGGCUCUGCCUGAGCCUUCAGUAUCGCAGGGAUGUUGUCUUCUGCCAAACUCUGACAGCUCUCAUUUGUGGUUUCAUUAUCAAGCUGAGGAACUGCCUGCAUGAUGAUGGAUUUCUAAGGCAACUCUACACCAUUGGCUUGCUGGCGCAGUUUGAGAGCCUGCUGAGCACUUAUGGUGAGGAGCUGGCAAUGCUGGAGGACAUGAGUUUGGGAAUCAUGGACUUGAGGAACGUAACCUUUAAAGUAACUCAGGCCACAUCAAAUACAUCUACUGACAUGCUGCCAGUCAUCACUGGAAAUCGGGAUGGAUUUAAUGUGAGGAUCCCUUUGCCAAGCGCCUUGUUCGAUUUGUUGCCGCGGGAGAUUCAGAGUGGCAUGUUGCUGAGGGUUCAGCCCGUGCUUUUCAACGUGGGAAUCAAUGAGCAGCAAACUCUAGCAGAGAAGUUUGGAGACACCUCCCUGCAAGAAAUAAUUAACAUGGAAAGUUUAGUGCGGUUGAAUUCGUAUUUUGAGCAGUUCAAGGAAGUUUUGCCUGAUGAUUGUCUACCUCGAUCUCGUAGUCAGACGUGCCUGCCCGAACUGUUAAGAUUUCUAGGACAGAAUGUACAUGCAAGGAAAAAUAAGAAUGUUGAUAUCCUUUGGCAAGCUGCUGAGAUAUGCCGCAGACUAAACGGUGUUCGAUUUACCAGCUGUAAAAGCGCCAAGGAUAGGACUGCCAUGUCAGUCACCCUAGAGCAGUGCUUGAUCCUACAGCAUGAACAUGGGAUGGCUCCACAGGUCUUCACCCAGGCUCUGGAGUGUAUGAGGAGUGAGGGUUGUCGGCGAGAAAAUACAAUGAAGAAUGUUGGAUGUCGCAAGUAUGCAUUUAAUUCCCUGCAACUGAAGGCUUUCCCAAAGUAUUACAGGCCUCCAGAAGGAACUUAUGGAAAAGUUGAAACAUAAGCAUACUAUGUCCUUUAAUUGCUGUUCCAUUAAACCAUGUGGAUUCACUCUAGAUUAAUCCAUGAUUUUGUCAUCCAGAAGAGAGAAAUAACCUUUUUGUACGUUUCACUAGGUUAUACAGAGCAUGUUACUUACAGAAUUGGAAUCUAUAGUAACAGUUAUUCUGACACCUUAGCUUGAGAAUAGUGUGAUGACCCUCUGCCCAUUUAAAUAGCCUUCAGUGUAUGUAAGAUGAACAGAUAUUGUGCUACUUAAAAAUUACCCAUAUGCAAAUACCUAGGUACCUUCUGGAUGGACAAGGGUUCUAGGAAGGGCAUUUAGGCAGCUGUUUUGCUUAACGUCUUUUAUACUGAGUUGACAUGAGGUUGAGCUUUUCAUCAACUUUUAAAAACUGAGAGUAAAACUCAAAAGGUGUAAAUAAAAAGGGAUUGGAUCCUACACGGUCUAGUAACUGUAGAAUGCAUUGUUACAAUCAAGAA